GCUGGCAUCUCUGUGUCUAACCAACGUCAGUCCUCGAUUUCAGACUUUGUUGAAAAUUCGGUAGAAAAUCUUGUAUUCUUUCAUAAAUAUGUCGAGUUUAGUGUGAACUGUGAUAACAUAAUUCUUUCACCAAUAACAUCCAUAGUAACAGCUCUGACAGGAAUCAUUACGGUACAAAACACUUGAUUUUCUACUGCUUUCUAAAAGUAAAGGGGAAAAGUCCAUGGAAUCCUUUCGACCAAAAAACAACAUCGCCAUGAAUAAAGGUCGCAACAAAAACAUUCGGUGGACUAUUACACUCGUAACCGUGAUUGUCCUCGAGAGAUCCGCACUGGCAUCAACAGUUCCAGCAAACUCCGCCGAUGAACAUUCGUUACCGCCGCAACAGCAAUCACAAUCUCAAACACAGGAUAUGAAAUGUCCUCGAAUGUUGAGACAAAUCUUCGAAGGAUAUGCUCCAAUUGGUGGACGGGAGGCUGGAAAUUACACCGAGUACACGGAAGCCAGCUCAUUGAAACCCUGCGUACAGCACUGCUGUACCAAAGGAGACGCCUGCAAUACUGCUUUUAUGUUCAACAAAACAUGUUACCAUGUCAAAUGUCUCACUAACGACUUGUGUCUACCAGCAAAGAAGAAAAAUCUGUUCACUAAUCUGCAAAUGGUGCUAGUGAAUCCAGUAGGAGAAAACAGUCAACCAUGGAAGGAAAUUUUAAAAAAUGCUAAUGCACAAGAAAGCCGUUUGAUUGAACCAAACGGUUUAGCAGCAGAAGGUAGCAGUAUUUUGAAAAAACUUAAGAAUAUUUACAAUUUGGAACGAAACCGCGAAGAUCUAGUGGAUGGCGUGUAUAACACGCCUUUGAAACAGUUAUCGGACUACGAUUUUGGAAAGUAUCCUGGAAACUAUCUGAAUGAACAGUACGAAGAUAUGUUGAUGGACGAAACGAAAAUGUAUCCCGAAGAUAAGGCACUUUCUACGAUCACAUGUGACGUUGGAAAUGAUUCGUCCUGUCCCAAGAAUGAGAUUUGCGUUAGAGUUACGUAUUCUGUAACCGGUUUUUGUGUCUGCCCAGAACAUUUUGAAAGAAACAGCAAAAAUGCUUGCGUCGACGUUCAGCAAGUUUACGUUCCGCAAACUUUAACAGCCCAGAAACUAACAAUGAACAACAUUCAUAGUGAGGCUGGUGAGAUAGAAGAAGGCAACCAAGAACCAGCUCCUACGAAGAAAUUAACUGUUUCCGUUGUUUCUAAAGACGUCCGUUUACCGAACAAUGAAGCUAUUCUAUCGGCUUACGUCAUUCCCGAUGAAGCUACCAGUGGAGACAAGUAUACUUAUUCGUGGUCACUGGUUUCACAACCUUCCCAGGGAGACACCAAUGCGACCAUCACAGAUCAGACUACGCCCCAGGCAAAACUUUCGAAACUAACCGCAGGAUUGUAUCGAUUUAAAGUAACUAUCACGGGUCAACAGGGUUGGUAUGGUGAAGCCUAUCCCAACAUUACCGUUCUGCCAGAGCAAAAGAUCAACAAGCCCCCGGAGGUAAGUAUUACUCCAACGGAGCAGACAGUGAAACUGCCAAACCAAAAAGCUAUCCUCGAUGGAAGUGCAUCUAAAGACGAUGACAAAAUCGUUGCCUGGCAGUGGGAGCUAGUGCAAGGACCGUUGGCUUAUCAACCCGAACUACCAGCCGUCAGCACCCUGCAGUUAAACAAUCUCACCAUUCCCGGCAAGUACACUUUCAAGUUGACGGUAAUCGAUUCGGAAAAGUUAUCCAACAGUACCACGGCCACAAUUGAAGUACUGAAGGAAAUCGACUAUCCCCCGGAAGCGAACGCAGGCCAAAAUGUGAUCGUUUACUUACCGAAUAACAACGUGACACUGAAUGGAUCGCUCAGUAAAGAUGAUCACGAAAUUGUUGCCUGGGAAUGGACAAAAGCCAGCACCGAUCAAUCUAAAGCGGUCGAUAUGCAAAACACCCGAACGCCUUAUCUUCAGCUGUCUAAUCUGGAAGAAGGGGUUUAUGCGUUCGAAUUAAAAGUAACCGAUGCGAAAAACCAAAGCAGUACUUCGAUCGUGCAUGUCUUCGUCAAGAUGCCUACCAACAUCCCGCCCGUGGCUAGUGCUGGAACUAAUUAUACUAUCAAUUUACCUCAAAAUUGGGCACAGCUAAAUGGAACCGAAUCGAAAGACGAUAUCAAAAUCGUUAACUGGAACUGGCGUCAAAUAAAAGGUCCAAACACGGCCAUAAUUCUGCUCGGAAAUAGUUCGCUGGCCAAUGCCACUUCGCUAACAAUCGGAGAAUAUAUUUUCGAGUUAACCGUUACCGAUGAAGCCAACAAUAAGGCUAGCGACCGGGUGAAAAUAUCAGUUAUACAGGAACGAAACACGGCCCCAGUUGCAAAUGCCGGUGGUGACCAGAGUGUCACCCUGCCGACGAACGCUAUAGUUUUGAACGGUACUCGUUCGUACGAUGAUUUAGGCAUAGCAAACUACAGUUGGACACGUGAAUCAACAAGCUUAGCUAUUGGAACGAUCGUUGAUGACAGCGACCACAAACCGGUGUUGAUUCUCACAAAUAUCGUUCCUGGAAGAUAUGUAUUCAAGCUGACGGUCACGGACGGUCAGGGACUUUCGGGUACCGAUACUGUUAGUGUAAUCGUUCACCCGGACCCACUAGUGAUGAGUCUGGUUGAGCUGACUCUUACCAUGGAAGCCAUAGUUUUAACUCAGUCGGAACUAGAUUCGCUGCAGCAAAAGUUGGUUCUUCUGAUAGGGGAUAACACUGCACAGCUGCACGUACGGGAAUUGAAAAUUGAACAUAAAACUGGGCAGGUCGUAAUAGUGUUUUACAUCGAGAAAAGUGCGGGUAAGGAGAAACCGGAAAUAAUGCCAGCUCUGGAAGUGGAGAAAAUUUUAAAGGACAAGUUUUGGCGCGAUUAUACCAUACUAGGAACAUCAGUUGCGGAAAUUCGAACUACCAUCUGCCAGAACCCAUGUUCGGGACAUGGAGUAUGUAAUGCAGAAACCCGCGACUGCAUGUGCCAAAGUUUUUGGAUGCCGGAUAUAUUCUUCUUCUGGGGAGUAGCCGAAGCUAAUUGCGAUUGGUCAAUCCUCUAUGUCAUCAUUGGUGUGUUUAUUGUGUUCCUGAUACUGUCCGGUAUCUGCUGGGGUAUUACCUGUCUUUGCCGGAGACCAGGAAAACCACGCACAAGAAGCAAACCGCAAAAGUAUGCACUACUAGGGACGCACGAAGACGAGAUGCCUUCAUUCAACCGCAGUGCCGGUAGUACGGCCCUAUCAGAUUCUGAAACCGACUCGGACGUGCUGUUCGAGAGCCGCUCGAAGCAGAACGGCCUACCGGGGCGGAGCGGUGGAGGGCUAGCGAACGGAGACGUUCGAAACGGGCACGCCAAGUACAGUACCACUCGCCUCGGCCGACGGAUCAAAGCGUAAAUCUCGACGACAGGCCCAUCCCCGUUGACCAAUUCUUAGCACGAAGACUUAAAAGUUUAGAUAAGAAGAUGUUGGAGGGUCACGUACUGACUAAUUGAAUGUUUACCUUUGUUGCUUGUGAUUUUAUUUCUAGAAUAUUAUUCUAGCAGAGUAUGAUUAAUCUAGGGUAGGGGAGAGUAUCGUUCCUACUACUAGGACCGAAAGUGUGAUCUACAGAAGCCAUCGAGUAAAAGUAAAAAUACAAGUUUUUAUAUAUAAUUUUAUUGGUACCACAGGAACGAUCAUAUAACUACUUAGCAGCCCUUAUUACCGUUCUAAAAUCCACUUUCACUUCGCUCACAUAUCACUGCACUUGAUUUUACCUAUUACCAGUGUCACGCACAGUGUAGUGAUGUUGUUUCCAACGAAAUAUUUGUGACAUUAUGUUCAUUAUAACAUCAAGCUCAUUCAUAUAAUUACUUUUUCCUUAAUAAGGACCUACAUUCACUUGGAUUAAUUUUCACCGUAUAGUGAUAUCGGUAAUAAGGGCCAGCGUUAUGUACGUAUGGAAGUAUGAAACAAGAACGUAAAACUCUGCAGUGCAUUGUGUUGAAUUUUAUUUUCAUGCUGUUUUACCAGAUAGUAUAACUUUUUAAAGACUGCAGGUGAUUAAAGAGUUGAAUACGAAGUUCAAUCAUUAUCGCAACUUGUAAAUUACGAAGAAAAUCCUAUUAACUAUGUGCUAUUUAAGGUUUGUUCAAAGAAAUAUAUUCUAGUCCGCAAAACGAGUAAGACCCACUACGUAAAAGCUUUAUUUGUAAAGAGCAAAAUUACAUGUGAAAAGGAGUUUCCGACAAGAUGAAAUUACAGAAACGGCCAUAAUUUUUUUACGUUUUUCAAAUAUUGAUUACCCGUAUUAAGUUUUUCAACUACACGUCCAUAUACAGUUCUACAGUUCAUAUUAUAUGUGAAUUCAAAUCAUUGAGCUUAUUUCUAUCGUUCAAAAUCUUUGAAAUAUGGCUCUCGUUCGUAAACCGAAAGCAUACGACCAGAACAGCUACAUAGCAUAGCACUAAUUCCAACAUUUGGGUGUCACAGUGAUCUAGAUAUAAAAUAUGUUCAAUUGUAUUUCACUUAGUUGAACCCAGUGAUUUAAGAUAAGUUCUUACAUACAACAAGCCCUCUUUACCACUAUGUACUUAAUCAUAGAAAAAGUACAAGGAUAAUUUUUUUAAAUAUUACCAUUUAAUUCUGUUAUAAGUAUAUCACGUCACUAUACAAAUUCACUAUGUAUCUCACGACACUAUAAAUCUUGUAUAAUAAACGUCACAUCACAUAUGCACAUUUCGAAUACAAUUUAUAUUCAUCUUCAGUGUGAUAGUUUUGUUUUUGUAUAGUGACGUGAUAUACUUAUAACAGAAUUAAAUGGUAAUAUUUAAAAAAAUUAUCCUUGUAAAAUCAUUCUGUUCAAACACUCAAACGAAAAGUAAUUUUUGAACGGAUCAGAUGACAAAAAUAAAAAAGGCAGAAAACAUAGUAUUAUUGUACAAUUAUUACCAAAAAUAAAAUUCUAAUAAAUCGAACGGAUAAUAACAUAUUUAAAAACGAUACACUCCAAGUAAAGGAUAAAACAACCGA